AGACACUGCAUGCAACUGAGACACUUCUGCUCUGUGCCUGAUGUCCAUCAGCUCCUGUGCUGUUCAAAGGAUUCAAUACAUUGUCAGUGAUUCUGAGAGGAGAUUCAUUCAGAGCUAUGGAGGACAGAUGGAGUCAGAUGGAGGAACAUCAUCUGAUGAGAGGUGGAGAAGGAACUGUUUAAUAUGAAGCAUGAACAAUUUAAGAGCCAAUUGGGAACUCAUAAUCAACAAGCAUCAAGCAACAGGAUCCAGGACAACUCUGGGGCAUUUAGAAGAAAAGCAGAUCUCCUUCUCCUGUUUGGACUGGCUCCUUUCCCUGCAUGGAUCAGCUUUGACUUGACCACUGAGUGACUUUGUUACGGGGGAAUUGGCACAACCAAAACCUCGACUCUUGUUGAACACAGAGCCACUCUAACCACAGGAAAAUCAACAAACAAAUGAGCAAGUUUUGUUCCCCGAGGGAAGAUCGACCCAAAACAUCAAUCAGAACUGGAAUCGGAAUGUUCUGGAAACUUGCCUUACCUGCCAUUCUGGCAUGCACCCUCUGUGCAUCCAUGGAAACCAAGAAGCCCCGCCCAAGAGGCUCCAUCCCCUCUCCUUACAAGCUCAAAGGCAAUGAGCUGUUGUCCUCACCUUCCAUCAUGCUAUCAUCCCUGUCUCACCAACCUCCAUCAAAACGGCACAAAGGCAAACAGGAUGUUCUGCUGUCAAGUCGUGAGGCACUGGUGGUGACUGAGCGGAAGUACCUGAAGAGUGACUGGUGUAAAACACAGCCGCUGAGGCAAACUGUUAGCCUGGAGGGAUGCGUGAGCCAAACCAUCAUCAAUCACUUCUGUUACGGCCAGUGCAAUUCGUUUUACAUCCCACGACAUCUGGCUCCUGCAAAUGGGCGCCAUGGUCGGAAACGGGCACCAAAAUCCAACCAAGGUGCUUCCUUCCAGUCGUGCGCUUUCUGCAAACCUCACCGGAUCUCCACACUAACAGUACGGCUUCACUGUCCCAGGUUACAGCCAACGUACCGGCAUCGGAAGGUCCAGCGCAUUAAGGAAUGCAGGUGCAUGUCUGUUAACGUCAAUGACACCCACUGACCAAGGGGGAUUGUUGGAAAUGGUUCUCGAUACAACAAACUGAGCCUGUUCUUAGCGAAUGGACAGAGAAGAGAUGCGCAAAGAUACCUUGAACUGAUAUCUUGAUGGAUAUAAUUCAGUCAGACAAGAAAUGGAGUUAAAGUCUGGCAAUGUGAAGAAGUGAUACUGGACACCAUACAAACAUUCAAUAAUAAACAGUUGACCUUUUUUUUUGUGGAGUAGGGCCAAUUAGUAAAAAGACAUCUACAUUUACUUAUUUGGUCCAAAGUGACUUACAAUUUGAGCUGAGAAGAUGAGGAUUAAGAGUUUCCCUCAAGGAGCCAGCAACUCGACAGUACUGGGAUUCAAACUCACAACCUUCUGAACAGUAGUAACUCCUGAGCCUUUGUCUUCACAUCAAAUCUGGACAAUGGAACGGUGAUUAUAUUACUGGUGUCAAGGUAAAUCCUGUAGCUUGGUGAAGGAUAUAAUCAGACAUCGGGAGUUCAAGAUUUUCACAGACACACAAAAUCUAAGAAACCAAAAACACUUCCUGGUCAUGUGAGCCCAACUUGUUCAAAGAAAAUUGAGUAUUUGUGGAGUGUCAUUGUCAUCCUCUUCUGCCUUGUCCAGCACUGUUGCCAGGUCGGGGUCCAUGUGGACCCUAUUGAUCCACAUGUUGUAUUAAUUGGAGCAUAGUUUUACGCCGGAUGCCCUUCCUGUCACAACUCUCACAUUUCUGGGCUUGGGAAACAACCAUUCACACCUAUGGACAACUUAGAAUAGCCAGUUAACCUAACUGCAUGUAUUUGGGGAAACCGGAACACUCGUUGAAAACCCAGAACCUUCUUGCUGUGAGGCAACAACGUGAACCACUACACCACCAUCCCACCCUAUGUGUGGUGUGUGAAGGUUAAAAAAAAAAAAUCCAUCCCAAGAGAUGAGAUGAGAUUCUACACAACGGCAUCUUGAAUUAGUGCUAAUUGCAAUUAUUUUCCAAAUAAUAUUGGAAAAUUGGUACUGCCAAACCUCCAUCUUAGAUCCAUCCAGGCCAUCAGAAGACUGGCCAAGGCUCUUACCAAACCGAUACCGAAGCAAAAUCUGUACUUUGGUGACAUAAAUAAAAGAACAUUUUUCUAGAUGGAUGGAUUUCAUGAUACAGGAUUCGCCCUGAUGGACAUACUGUAGCUGGGAAACUGAACACAAACACAUCGGGACAAGAUUCUGUCAAUUUGACCACUACUUGACUGUCAAUGUGAAUAUUGUGCACCAAUAUGAUCUAUCAGAUAUUUUAAGAAUAAAUGACAUUUGCUGGGGAAAAAAGCAAUACUGGUACACAUAAACAAUAUA